CUGCUUUCACGAGGUUAGUUGAUGAUCUUACAUAUAAGACCAGCACCCACUGGCCGAAUUCAUUCAAAACUCAAAAAGUGUCGUUCAUAUCAGACGUGCAUACGGAUAAAAUAUAUUGUGAUAAUUGUGUGUGUAUAAUAUAACGAAUUAAUCGAAAAGAUAUAAAUAUGUUGGACAACGAAGUUAACAAGAACGAGCAAGUACAGGUUGCAAGAAGGAUGAUGAUGGGCAACGUUUCUGAAGCAGGUAUUUCAUCUCUCUCAGCCAUGCCAAUGGAGAGCAGCUCCGUCAUGUCACAAAUGCCAGGAUGCCCAAAAGGUGGCGUUAUAGUUAAGGUUUGCUUUGCUGGUAUUUGUUUCUCAGAAGGUUACAUCAGAAAGGGUCAUUUCAGACCUGCUCUUCCAGGUAAACAACAUGUACCUUUACCAACUCAUGGAGGUACUGAGAUAGCUGGUGUUGUACAUGAUGUUUGCAACACUCUUCCAAACUCAAAUAUAAUUCCUGGUGACCAUGUAAUAAUUUUCCCAGAAGAAGACAUGGCUCAUGAUGGCUUCCAGGAAUUCAUUCCUGUUGAAAAUAUCGAGAACCUGGUACAGAUUCCAAACAGUAUUCCACUAGAGGUCGCUUCUAUGCUUCCAGGCAGUGCACUCUCUGCUUAUAACGCCGUAUUGAAAGCACAACCACAUGUCGAGAAACUACAGCAAGUAAAAUCUUGUGUCAAUGUUCUUAUCGUCGGAGCUGGAAGUUUAGGUCUGUGGACUUUGAGACUUGCUAACUACCUCAUUGGACAAGAGAACAGUAACAUCCGACUGUUUGUAGCAGACAACAGUAUUGAUAAAUUGAUCACAGCACAGGAGCAUGAUUGCCAUGACAUCAUACACUGGUGUGAGGAAGAUCACGAGCAAUACAUCAUUGAAAGAACUCUUGAUGCAUGCACAGGAGGCGUUGAUGUUGUUGUAGAUUUUGUAAGCUCGCCUAGAACAAUGAUGAGGUCAUUGAAAUGCCUAAACAGAGAGGGUUUGAUUCUUGUUGGUGGAAAUGCAAUGGCAGAGGUAUCAAUAAACUUGAACACCUUGGCAGCCAAACAACAAAGUAUUGUAGGCAUCCCUAAAGGAUCAGUAGACCAGUUGAGAUUUCUUGUAGAUACAAUUGCAGAUAAAAAGGUUGAACCACCAAGUUUUUCAGUGCAUAAUGUUGAAGAAACAAGCCAGGUUCUACAAGAAUUAUACGAGUGCAGACUAACUGGAAGAGCCGUUUUGAGAUUCAACUACGUCAAUACAACAACUGGAACAACGGACGUCACGGAUAACUAGUCACAACUCAUUUUAACAUUAACAUUUAAUGAAAUACGUUUUCGGGACGACUUGGUGGCAACGUUAGCGAAUUUUAAUCCCACUGGCAUUACUGUACUCAUAUUGAUCUCAAGAUUGUAUGAGCGGAGUAAGGGGUUUAUUGUGGUCAGUAUUCCCAAAGAUUCAGAUCUGACGUGAUGCGUUGCUAAGUGACAUUUACCUCAUAACUUGUUGCUAAGCAAUGGUUGAUACAGACCAAUGGCUUUGUGUUGCCAUAGUCGGGCACAUGGUGCUAUAACAGGACAGAGUGGCUGACUCUGUACGUUAAACAAGAGAUUAGAGAGACUUGUCUUGAUAUUUUGCAGUCAACGGGUUCUGUUUUAGAUGAUGACAAGAACAAUUUUGAUACAUCAGAUAUA